GAUUCGAUUCAACACUACAGCUGUGCCUAUCCAGCUAGAUAUCUAUUGAGCUAAACCAAAGCCUGAGUCCAGGGCCGGCUACUAGCUAGCUAGAGGAUAGACCGUCAGCCUGUUGAGGUAAGAGAGCAACAUUGGAUCUGAAUGUACCGGUGGCUCAAGCGAUCAGAAGCCACCGGUUGUUGCUGCAUGCUACACAGGAUACUGUAGUCUACUGGAUCAUUCCACCGCACAUGUCCGUGAUUUACCACACACAUGGCGAAGGAGGCCACGCAAAACAGGUAUCAUUCAUUGUACCGGUAGCUGAGUACGGUAUGAGGUAGGUAGGUUGGUAGCUAUGAAGAGUUGGGGUAGCCACUCUACUUGCAAAUAGUAGUAAGGUCAUCAGCAAACUCGGGAAUACCCCAGGAGCUCUUUAUGGCUACAAUUGUGGUAGGCACCGUCCACCAAGUGGCACGAAGCAAGCAAGCAAGCAAGCAGCAAACUCGAGCGAUCCAAUCAUCGGCUUCUCUCUUUUGUCCCUGCCCAGCGAGGUUGCAGCAUGUUGCUAUAUGUAGUUGUAUUCAGCUACGGUAGCUACUAGUAGAGCCACAGCAGCACAGCAGACUGGCUGGAAAAUGAGCUGUAGCACUAUUGGAAGACUACAAUCGCACAGGCAGACGAGAACGGCGAACGGCAACCAUUCGGGCUGACUACGUGUAGAUCUCUUUAGCUAGCUUGGGUAGACUACAUGUAGAGGCUGGCUGUGCAGAUGGAUGAUCUUACCAGUCAGUACCUGGGUAGAUGACUUCAUCAGUGGCAUCCUGAACCUACAGUAGCUAAUCUACUAGUAGUCUAGACUACCCAGCCACCCUGCAUGAUGAACCCAUCAGCCUGAACUGGUCGGAGUGGGACAUGAUGAUGGCCGUGCUGCAACACGUCCCAGCAGUCUUGUAGGCGAGUCCCUUUCCAAUCCCCCGAGUCUGAUAAACCUUACGUGCCGUGGCGACUCCCAUGGUUAUACCGGUACGGUUGCCGUGUGACGUCAAGCAUUCGGGAACGAUCCUGCUAGGCUGUUGGAUGGCGGUUUGCUGUGUUUGAUUGUUGCCUUCGCUUGAUUGAUAACCAGCGGCGCGGAAACAGUCCGAUUUUGGAUCAAAAUGUGAGAGGUGGUAAACAUCAUGACGGAUCUUCUAAUGCUUUGAAACAGCUUUUGAAUGUAAUCAGGGACUCAUGGUACAAAGCUUCUAUAGUGGUUUCUCUAGCUAGUGGUACCGCGCUGUUUAAUCAACUGUGGAAUAAAGUUCGGCAAGCAGUUUUUUUGUUUAUCGUUUGAAAAUCGAACGUCUCACAUUUUACCUAGUGUCACGCACCGGUACAGCACUGUACCUGGGACCUCACGGUGCACCGCGACAGUGCAUGAAGUUGAUGGAUGAUGGUUGCUUCAUUCGACCAAAACACUUCACCGGCAUCUGGUUGUUGGAGAAGGCAUCCAAAGUGGGUUCUAUCAAAUUUUGAUUCUGGCGAAGACCUCACAAAGUCUUCCGCAAAUCGAUCUCUCUUCUUGCUCAUUCGACGUUACUAGUACUAGUUGCUAUAGUCUUCGUCUCACACAUCACAUCACUUAGAAUCUUUGCCAUUCAUUCAUCACAAUGGGAUUGUUUCGUACAUCUUCGCUGGUCCGUUCGUCGGAGAAUGCUUCUGCCGUGGCGCUUCUGCGUCUACAAGUGGCCACACUAGAAGCGCAAGUCCAAGAGAAGGAUGCCUUGAUUGGUGAGCUUCAUCAGCAGGGCAAUGUCAUGCUGGACGUGAGUGUCAGUGGCAAGAGCGUAGGUACCGUCAGUACGGUGCAAAGCCAAGGCUCGGUUUCCACUCCUGCGGAUUCGUCAGCGACACAGCGUCUCAGCGAACAAUUGGAAAGUUGCAAUAUGGAACUGGAGACGGUCAAAUUGCAAUUGGAAGAACAACGCGCCAUGACGGCCCAUUUGCGCAGCAAGUUACAGACAAGUCAAGACAGCAAUGCGUCGUUAAAGAGUCAAAUCCAACAUCUCCAGCAAGCACUCGGAGAUCAAAAGACACAGUUGGAUUGUCUGCAGACGUUGAAUGAAACCAACACUGACAUUGUCUCGCAAAUGGAGAGUCGAGCACCACCACAACUAGAACAACUUACAGCUGGUGCCAAUGGACGUCGCCGUCGACACUCGUCUUGUGGUCCUCAGGAGAACAAUCAGUGGAAACUGUACGGCAAACUCCAAGCCCUCAUGGAGACCAACAACCAAUUGGCACAUCAAGUGGGUGCCUUGACACAAGAAAAGCAAAUGGCACUUCAGCAAGUCGCACAAGAACAACACAAGGUCGGACAACUCCAAAAACAAGUUGCCACACUCUCGUCACGCGAUCAAGAACAACAAGUCGAGAAUCAAGCCACUCUGUUGCAACAAGUAUUACCGGAAAUUCAAGGCGUCCUCGACAUGUUUGGACAAGACUUGUCGUUGGUCGAAACCGAAAGUGAUCCCAAACUAUUGCAAUUGAGUUUGCAGGUCUGUCUCGCUCAACUCAAACAAGCCAAACGAGAACACGACAUGCAGAUGCAAAAAACACUCAAACAGAGCAUGGCAUUGGCCGACUCGCAGGCUACUGUCGAUACGCUCUCGGGCAAGUUGGAUCACUACGAACGAUUGAUGGAAUCUGUCCUCAAAGCCAACAAGAAUAAGUUGGCAGCCGUCAUGGAAAGCGAUAGCAGCAUGCGUGGAGACGAAUCCAUGCGAGCCUCCACCACUGGCUUUUUGGAUAGCAGCAAUAGUCGACGAUUCAGCAAGACGGCCGUCAGUCGAUCUAAUUCGUCCAGCAAACGAUCCGUCUUUGGAUUCUUUUCGUCGUCCACUGCCCGCAAGGUGCAGCAACAAGAAGCCGUCCAGCCAAUCCUGCCCAAGACGCCAUCAUCGCCCGAGCCCAUGGUGGAUCCCACCGAGUUCAUGUCGGAACACAGCGAAAACUCCAUUGGUGGUGCCGACGACUUGUUUCGACUCAACACCGUCCAGUCCACAGAUGAAGCCAGUUGUUGAAUGAAUGAACGAACGGAACGAUGAAUUUUGACUUUAAUAAAUUAAAAGAUAGAGAAAAGUUUACAC